AUGUUCAACUCACGCACGUCUUUGCCUUCGCUGAUUCGCGGCCUGCGUGCCGCGCAGCAGGAGGGCACUGAGGAGGAGUAUCUGUCGCAGUGUCUGCAGCAGAUCAAAGAGGAUUUGCUGCCGGGGUCGGCGUCUUCCUCGCAGGCGAUCUCCUCGAUCCUCGGGCGCACGCCGCCGACGGCCAGCGAGCGCAGCACGGCGCUGAUGAAGCUGAUUUACCUCCAGAUGCUUGGAUUCGACACAGGCUUCGCGACCUUCGCCAUCGUGCAAGGCAUGAGCGUCCAGUCGUUCACGCUGAAGCGGCCGGCGUACGCGGCCUGCGCGUUGGCCUUCGCGCGCCCGCUCGCGCGCGCGAGUGAGACAGACGCCUCAGAAGGCGGCGAGCAGCCGCGCAGAGAGGGGCGGCGGAACCUGGCGGAGGAGAAGCAGCAGCAGCAACAGGCCCUCUCCCUGUUGACCACGAACUUGUUCAAAAAGGACUUCAACAGCAAAGAAACGCACGAAACAGGUCUCGCGCUGUCCACGUUGGCGGCGAUGUCGACUCCAGAAAUUGCGCAGGCGCUCAUUCCCGACGUCCUGUUGCUGCUUUCUUCCUCGCGCUCGAUUCUCCGGAAGAAAGCCGCCGUCUGCUGCACGCGUUUCCUCAUUCAAGUCCCCGCCCUUCUGCCCUCCUCCUUUUCCAAACUCCGGCAGCAGCUGAUGGCGGAGGAGGACGCGAGCGUGGUGAGUUGCCUCUGCUCGGCGCUGCUGCAGCUGGUUCACGAGAAGCCGCAGCAGUAUCUCUCCCUGGCGCCGCCGCUAUAUCACCUACUCUGCAACAGCACCAGCAACUGGCUGUCUCUGAAGCUGCUCAAGGUCUUUGCGCUUCUCUGUCCGCAUGAGCCGCGCCUGCCGCUGAAGCUCCUGCAGCCGCUCGCUGCGCUGCUGCAGCAGAGCCGCGCAAAGAGCGUCGAAGUCGAGAUCCUGCGACUCGCGCUCUUCCACUUCCCCCUCGAUGACGCCGCCGCGAAGGCCGCCGCCGCCGCGCGCGCGGGCCCCCAUAGCGCCUUCCUGCUGGGAGGGGCGACGGCGGAGGCCGGAGGCGACGCCUCGCGAGACGAGGCACGCGGAGAAAGCGCCGCGGAGGAGCUCCUGCAUACCUGCCUGAGUCGCACACUGGCGCUACUGACCAGCGCAGACCGGAAUCUGCGCUACGUAGGCGUGGAUAUUCUCGCAAAGCUCUUUGCGAAGAAACGGAAGUUCGCGAGGGACGUCGCCGCCCUUAUUCCGGACUUCCAGAAAUACGUGUUGCAGGCCGCAGAGGAAUGCGACGCCACCAUCCGCUCGCGCGGCAUCGACCUGCUGACGAAGACAGCGACGCCGGCGUCCUUCCCGGCGAUCGCGGAGCAGCUCGUCGCGGCUGCGGCGACUCAGGAGGAGAACUACCAGCGGAAACUCGCGCGCCAGGCGGCGAAGCCCGAGCAAGCGGCCGAGGGCGGGCGCUACGAGGCCUCGGUCCUCGCGUCUGCCGGGGCGGUGCGCGCUGGGUUCCUCCUGCCGCUGCUCAAAAUGGGCGCUGAGAAUCACUACGCGCUAGUGGAAGACUUUGAAUGGUACUUGGCGCUUCUGGGAGACAUCGCAGUCCGUGGAGGCGGCGCGGAGAGCGGUGCGGGGCGAGCCGCCGGCGCGCACGGCGAAGAGGAAGGGCCUGAGGCAGCCGUGGCGCAGCUCGUCGCGGAGCAGCUCCUCGACGUCGCCGUCCGCGUCCCCGGAGUCAGACCGUGCGCUGCGCACCUUUGUUCGCUGAUCUGCGAUCGAGCUGCCGCGUCGCUCUGCGGAGCGUCGCUUCCUCCCUCUGCGGGCAGCACAUCCCUGCGGCGGCCCCACGAAGCCUACCUGCAGCUGGCGGGCGCGCUGCGCGCCGAAGAGGACGCGAUGCCGCAUGGCUCCCAAGCCGCGCCGCACGUCUCUCCCGUCAUCGUGCGCGCGUCGGCCUGGAUCGUGGGCGAGUACUUCGAAUGCAUGAAUCAGCGCGACGGAGAUGACGCGGCUGCGCAGGAGCAGCGGAAGGAAGGCCCGCUCGCGUUUUACUGCGAUGCCUGCCGCUCUCUUUUGCGUUUGACGCGCAGUUUGGCGCUGCCUGCGCCGGUACAGCAAGUCGUCAUCUCCGCGGCCGUCAAGGUCUUCUUGGGCGCGUGCAACGCGGCCGCGGGCGCGGACACCGCCGAUUGGAGCGCGGAGGGCCGCGCGGUGAAAGGCCCUGCAGACCGCGAGCGGACACUCGCGCGGCUGAGAGACCUCCAGGAGGAGAUGCAGGCGAUGCUCGCGCUGUGUCGGGCUGCGGCAGAGGGCGAAAGCAGCAGCUGCCCGUCUCACAGCGUCGAGGUUUUCGACCGCGUUCGGCUCGCAGAGCAGCUGGUGCAGUUUUUCGGGCCCGGAGACCUGGGGGCCUCGCGCCCGACGGCCCCGGGGCUCCCGGUCUGGGGCCUUGAGCAGGGCAGUCUCCUUCCCGUUCUCUCGGAUGCGCAGCAGCGGGUGCCGCUGGAUGCUUCUCUGGAUCUUUCCAAGCCUUUCUUCGACUACCGGCGCCUGCAGCAGUCUCCGCUGGGCCCUGCAGGGGCGGCCGCCCAGGCGUCUCCGACUGCCGCGCAGGGCCUCUGGGCUUCAGGCUCGGACCCCGCGGGGGCGGCCGGGGAGGUGUCCCCGCUGGGGGGGGCUGGUGCCCUGCGGGCGCCGGGCGAGAACGGGACGGUUCCGGCCGCGGGGCUUGGGUUGGGCGCCGCAUCCGGCGCGCCGAAGAAGAAGAAGUUCGAAGUGAUUCGCGAGGCGAUCGCGCCGAGCCAGACGGCAACGUCGCCUCAGGCAGCGGCUGUGCAAGGGGCGCGGCCGGGGUCGUCGCUCUCCGCGCUGCAGACCGUGUCUCGCACCCAGGGAGCAGACCGCGACGCUUUGGCGGCGUCUCUGCAGAGCGCGGAGAUUAGAGGCGGCGCAGACGGCGCGCGGGGCGGGGAAGGCAGGGGCGAGCGGCGGGAUGGUAAGUGUCUCUUUCCGGCGGAGAGCGCGUUGGAGGCGGGCCUGCCGGUGCCUCUCGCGAUGCAGCUGCAACUCCGCGCGAGGCUGUGGCAGUGCUGUGCGAAGGACCAAGCCCUCCGCGUGUUCGCGUGCGUCGGCGAGGCACUCGGUCCCACCGCGCCCGACGAGCCGCCUGCGCUCUCGCUGGCGCUCUGCUGCGAACGGGCCUUCGAGGAGGAGCCGACUGCGCAGGCGGAGGUCGUUGAGGUCGCCCUCGCCGUUCGCGACGCCGGCGAGCUGCGCCUCCCCGCGCAAAUCCCCCUCGCCGCUGACGUGAAAAAACGAAGUCCGCGCGUCGUUGUCAAGCCCGCAAGUUUCGCCUCGCCGCUCUGUUGCACUUCGACUGUGGAGCUUCGCGACUGGGAGAUCGAGGGACAUAUUCUCUACAAGGCAGUAGCUGAGCCUUCCGCAGCCGCCGGCUUUUCGCUUCUCGACGGAGACAGCAACCCCGGCGACGGCGACGCGUCUCUUCAACUCUCUCACCAGGAGAGAUCCACGCGCUUCGCGAUUCAAAUCCCCGCCACCGUUGCCCUCCUGCCGCUUCAUUUGACAGAAGACCAACUCGCCUCCUUCCUCGCGCGCGAGGCGGGGUCCAUUUCUGUGCAGCACAGCGACCGGCUGUCCGUGCGGCCGCGGUCGCUCGGUUCGGCAGCCGGAGCAGACACGUGGAGUAUCUGUCUGCGCGGCGAGGUUUCGUCGCCUCUCGCCGCGCUGCAGUACUUGCGCGUCGUAGCUUGCCUGGCGAACAUGUCUCUGCUGCCUCAGCAGCCACUGCCUUCGUCUGCGGGUGCCGGCGGCGUGCUCAAGUGUCUGCUGGUGGCGCGGCUGUACACGCCCGACGCCGCGCAUGAGCUUCAGCGGAAACUGGAGAAGAUUGAGGCCGGAGAGCUCGCGGAGAGCUCCGUCGCCGCGCUGCAGAGCGGCCUCGGGGCGGGGGUCGACGGACGUGGCGUGGUCGUUGCUUUCAUUGCAUGCGCAUCCUCCGCGGACCCAGGCGGCGAGGGCGAGAACGCAGCGCUGCAGUUCCGUGUCAACACGCGCAGCGCGAGCGCCGCGUGCAGCGAGGCCGUCUGCCGACAACUCUGCAGGCUCAUCGAGGAGACCGUCGCCGGGCGCCUCCACGUCUUCACCGAGUGA